AUGAACAAUGACUUGGUACUAGAGCUAAACGCUAGAUGUGGAGAAGGUAAGGACAAAUGUAAUUGUAUUGACAAACCUCCUGGCAUAACCGCUAGAAAGGAACUAGAUGUGCCAGAAAAAGGUUUCAUUAAGAUUACUCAUAACAAUGGAAAUACUUUUACUCUAAGUGGACAACUCAAAAAUGGAGAUCAGAUAAGAGUGAGAGGUAAAAUAGGAAGACCCAUACAAAAUGUUACGGAGGUUUCUGUUUAUUACUGGGCUGGAAAUGACAAAGAACCUAUCCUACUUGGAGUUACCACUGGGGGUGGUAGUGGUACAACUACACGUUACUGUAGAAUUAAAGGUAGUGCACUUUGGGUAUCUGGUCUAGUACAAGAUAAAACUGAAUUAGAGGCACUAGAUCAACAAAAUUGCCACAACAACGAUGCCGUUGUAUUUAAUAUACAGGAUUCUCAGUCCGGUUCUUUCACCGGUGAUUCUAAAUCUUACUGUACAAGAGUAACCAGAAAUAUAACGGAAUCUACUUCUUAUCCUCCUCCUGGCAGUGACUACGUUACUACAGUAUAUAUCAUUAAAGGUAUUGACACAAAAAUUGCCAGAGUUACAUAUAAGAGCCAAUCCACUGAUAUACCUCCUAUUAAUUUUCCGGUCGAUGUGAUAGCACUCUACUCGUAUCCAAGUGCUAUGAAUGUGCCUUUAAUGCUUGAGCUCAAACCACCUGGUAAUGGAAAUUCUAAAUGGUUCUAUAGUCAGACAUCGGAUGGUACUAGCUGGAUAGAAGAGGGUGGCGGAGAUACUUUCUAUGAUAGAGACAAUGAUCCAAAGCCUACUGCAAAACUCUCUGAAAAACUCGACGAAGUGUUAUGCAAACAAUACGAUAACGUUACCCUAAAUCUUACCAAAAACCACUCAGAUACUCAUGCUAGAGCGAAAACUAAGUAUUGUUGCAAUGAGCAUAAAGGCGAGGAAUGUAGAAUUUCUCUCCAGGAAGGGAAUAUCACGGUAGCUGGCAAGCAAAUGACUGAGUACUACAAACAUUCCAUUAGUGGAUCGGCAGUAGCUGGUAUCUAUUACAAAGAUGGCGGUCAAAGGAAGAAGAUAGCACUUUUAGGAUCACCAUUUCCAAUCUCCGUAAAGAGUGUCUAUGCCUUUUACUGUAAAGGGGAGGAACCCUCGCUCAUUUACGUUGACAGCACUAAUGGUAUGGUUAGAGGUUGGUACAAAAGAGACAAUGGUGAAUGGAAAUGGAACUCUAAACUCAGUGUUAUAAAAUCCACUGACUUGAGCAAUCUCAGUUGUGCGAAGUGGAAGAGGCUUAAAAAGGUACUGGAAGAGUGUAAUUGUAAUGGACUGCCAGACUGUUCUUAUAGCGAUAAUACAAAAGAGGUUUCAGAGGAAAAACAACUAGCAGAAGAAGAGGAAGAAGCAAAAAGGAAACGAGCUGUAGCUCAAAAACUUAUUCCUGUUGCUGUCUCUGGACCCUCCUCAAAUAAUGGAAGCUAUGCUGGUCAUAGUGAUGCUUCUGAAAGUGGUGGUCGAGACAAUUGUGGAGAUGAACCAGGAUCUUCUAGUAGCAGUUCUAUUUUAUCCUCACCUAAAGGAUCACCUGACUCAUCUACUCCUGUUGUUAGUAAUAGUGGAACUGGAGGAGUUACUAUUAAGCUUGAUAGAACUUCCUACUCUAUGAAUCUUAAUGGUGGAGAAACGAUAGAUGUUACUCCAUAUUACGAUUCUAAAAUAAUCGGCUAUAAUGCGUUUAAACACACUUAUAGUCAUGGAAUAAAAUUUACCAUAAGAGACUUUACACUUGGAGAUAGGAAGCAAAUAUUUUUUCCAGGAGUUACACCCGCGGAAGAGGUUAAGAGUGUAAUAGUAUACUUUCUAUCUUGUAGAAAUAAUGUUAGCACCACUAAAGUUCCACUUCUUGUCUACAUAAAUGGUGACUAUGGAAAGCGCCACAACUGGUAUACUAGAAGAGAUGUUGGUAAAAAAUGGGUGGAUAUUUCCAAUGAGCUCAAGGACAGACCUCCACACAAGGCCAAUAGUCUCCAGAUUACUCUACAAAACAUAGCAAAACACCUGGGAAUUUCUUGCAAGGAAGAUUGGAAAGGACCGGUGUCCACAUCUCAAAAUAAUGAUAUUAACGAAGUUAUCGAUCUAGGAACCAAUGGAUUACAGAAUAAUGAUAUUGGAGGUGCAAUUCCUCCACUUAUGCCAGCUAUGAACCAUCUAAAUCUCGGAAUACCUGUAAAACAAAUUGAUAAUAAAAUUAUCGGUCCUCUAGGACAGAUAUCAAAUAAACUCACAGCAACUACUAAAUACACACCCUCUUCUGGCCAACUUGCUAGUCCUGCCCCUCCUGCUACUGAAGAACUUCAAGCUUCUAAUCCUAAAGUUGGUCCUCCUGCUGAAGACCCUUCUCAAGCUGCUACUUCUGGUAGCAGUUCUACUCCAUCUCCACUAGGUGCUGAAACGACUCCUGCUUCUCAAACUCCUUCUACUUCUACUCUUGGAGCUACUACUGUUCCUGAGGUUGAACUUUCUCUUCAAACUCCUCCUCCUGCUGCUCCUAAAGCUACUGAAGAACGUGAUCCUGAAAAAGCUCCUGUUGUUGGACUUCUUACUAGUGGCUCCGCACUAGCUGGAUAUGCCUUCUCAGGUACUCUCGCCGGAGCUGGUGGUCUUACUGGUUUUGAUUCAUCCGCUGAUGUUUUCCCGCCUCCACUCGUCUUUGCUUCCAGUAUUGGUAAUGCUGAAAUAGUAGGGAAGCUGCUCAAGAGUGGAGCUAAUGUAAACAUAGGAGAUUCUCAAGGAUGGACUUCUUUGCACUGUGCAUCCGAAUAUGGCCAUUUGGAAAUUGUAAAGAUGCUAAUUGAAUAUGGUGCUGAUUCUAAAUUAAAGAUUCAGGAAAAUAAUGCCUACCACCUCGCGAUUUGGAAUGGACAUGCAGACAUUGCAGAAUUUUUAAAAGAUUACACAGAUGAUACCGAUCAAGUGAAUUUUGUACACUACUCACAAGGGUUAGAAACUGAUGCAAAAGCUGAGAGCUUCCCGGUUAUUGACAAUUUGGAUGAAAAGGAAGCUGAGAGGAUAAAAGAUGAAAUUACAAGGACAAAAGACUUUGGUGGCAACAUGGUAAAAGCUGGAGAUUUCGUAGGCGCAACAGAGGCCUACUCAAAGGCUCUAUCAAUGUGCCCGGGGAACCCGGAGUUUGAUCAACUACGAUCCAUACUAUUUUCAAAUCGCAGUCAUAUGUACUUAAAACGUAAUGAGGCCAAGAAAGCUCUAGAAGAUGCAAAAGAGGCAGUAAAGAUCCAGCCAAACUGGAGCAAGGGUUACAUUCGACUGGCAAACGCGUAUCGCGACUUGAACGAGCCGGUGGACUACCUUCACAACCUCUUCCAGGCCUAUGUGCGUGAUUCCGAGAAUACUGAGUUGAGGAAUCGAUUCCAGUCAGAGUUCAAGAGGUACAAGAAGUGA